AUGGCAAUGCGGACUGAUAGACGCUCUUCCACUACAAUUCGUCCCAUUUCAAUUGAUCAAAGUCUCCUUAGUAGAGAUGGUUCUGCUAGAUUUAAUUUCGGUAAUUCUUCCGUACUUUGUUCAAUAAAUGGUCCAGCUGAAGUUAAAUUACGAGACGAAAAAUUGGAUAAAGCUACCAUUGAUGUGAUUGUUAGACCUUUAGUUGGCACAACAGGGACAAAGGAUAGAACUCAUGAAUAUAUUUUACGUUCAACAUUUGAGAAUGUUAUUCAAGCCGGAUUACACCCAAGGACACAAAUUCAAAUUGUUUCACAAGUGAUGAUGGAUGAUGGAAGUAUCGUGGCAGCUGCAAUAAAUGCAACUACGAUCGCUUUAAUCGAUGCAGGAAUUCCAAUGAAAGAUCUCGUUGCGGCUGUUUCUUGCGUUAUAAAUAAAGAUGAUCAAUUAUUAUUGGAUCCUACAGCACUAGAAAUGGAAAAUGCAAAAUCUAUUCAUACUUUUGCAUUUGAUAGAACAUCAUCUACCCUAUUAUUUUGUGAAUCCUUGGGAUUAUUUACCGAAGGACAGUAUUUUGAUUGUUAUGAGUUAUGUAAUGCUGCAGCGUGUCAUAUAUUUGAAGAAAUUCGUGGCGCCAUACAAAAUAAAUUACGAGAGGAAUAUUAA